AUGCAGCCGCGGCCGACGCUGCAGGCGGUGCUGCUGGCUGCGCUGCUGGCGGGGCUGCGGGGCGCGACGGGUCGCCUGCUGAGCGCCUCGGACCUGGACCUCAGAGGAGGGCAGCCUAUCUGCCGGGGAGGGACACAGAGGCCUUGUUAUAAAGUCAUUUACUUCCACGAUGCUUCUCGAAGACUGAACUUUGAAGAAGCCAAAGAAUCCUGCAGGAGGGACGGGGGCCAGCUAGUUAGCAUCGAGUCUGAAGAUGAACAGAGACUGAUAGAAAAGUUCAUUGAAAACCUCUUGGCAUCUGAUGGUGAUUUCUGGAUUGGGCUCAGGAGGCGUGAGGAGAAACAAAGUAAUAGCACGGCCUGCCAGGACCUUUACGCUUGGACCGAUGGCAGCACAUCAAACUUUAGGAACUGGUAUGUGGACGAGCCUUCCUGUGGCAGCGAGGUCUGCGUGGUCAUGUACCAUCAGCCAUCAGCACCUGCCGGCAUCGGGGGCCCCUACAUGUUCCAGUGGAACGAUGACCGCUGCAACAUGAAGAACAAUUUCAUUUGCAAAUAUUCUGAUGAGAAACCAACAGCUCCUUCUACACGGCCUGGAGGUGAAUGGACAGAGCCAGCAACACCCAUGCUUCCAGAAGAAACACAGGAAGAAGAGGCCAAAAAAACAUUUAAAGAAAAUAAAGAAGCUUCCUUGAAUCUUGCCUACAUCCUAAUUCCCAGCAUUCCCCUUCUCCUCCUGGUGGUCAUCACAGUUGCAUGUUGGGUUUGGAUCUGCAGAAGGAGAAAACGGGAGCAGCCAGACCCUAGCACAAAGGAGCAACACACCAUCUGGCCCUCUCCUCACCAAGGGAACAGCCCGGACCUAGAGGUUUACAAUGUCAUAAGAAAACAAAGUGAAGCUGACUUAGCUGAGACCCGGCCAGACCUGAAGAAUAUCUCAUUCCGGGGGUGUUCGGGAGAAGCCACUCCUGAUGACAUGUCUUGUGACUAUGACAACAUGGCUGUGAACCCAUCAGAAAGUGGGUUUGUGACUCUGGCAAGCGUGGAGAGUGGAUUUGUGACCAAUGACAUUUAUGAGUUCUCCCCUGACCGAGUAGGAAGGAGCAAAGAGUCUGGGUGGGUGGAAAAUGAAAUAUAUGGCUAUUAG